AUGUCGCUUAUUUCGAUAAAUCAAAAUGCGAGUAGUUGUGGCACUAUGAUACAAAAUGAUCCCGCUUAUUUCGAAGCUGACUCAAAAAGUUUAAUUAAUAAAUUAUACCGUCAUAAUAAUCUAAGUAUUAAUAACAAUAAUUACAAUAGUAAUAUAAAUAAUUAUAAUAAUGUUAGUAAUAAACAAGUAAUUAGAUCACAAAAUUUAUUUAAUAAUACAUUAAAUAAGAAUAUUUCAAUAUUAAAUAUUAAUAAUAAUAAUAAAUAUAAUGAUAAUAAUAAUGUUACAAUAAAUAAAACAAGCCUAUACCAAAAUAUAAUAAAACAACCAAAUAACUAUAAUAAUAAUAAUAAUGAUGUUCAUAAUAGAAAAAAUAAAGCAUUAAAACAAGAUGUUGAAACCAGGCGUAUUAGAAAUUCUUUAUUAAUUAAAAAUUUAAAUAAUCAUAAUAAUAAUAACAAUAAUUAUGAUAAAUAUAGCAACAAUAGUAUUAAGCCAAAAGAAAUCAAUAAUGAAAAUAGUAAUAACAAUAAUAAUGAUCACAUUUCAAAACCUAAAAUUGACGAAUUAGCAUUACUAGAACAUGAAAUAUUUUAUUAUAAAAAUAAUAAAGAUUAUAUAAAUGAUCAAAUUGAGAAAAAAAAGCGCAUCGAAACACAUAAAUUAUUAUUAAAUAAUGAUAAUAAUGAUGAUAACAAUGAUAAUAAAAAAAUAUCGAAUUAUCGAAAUCGUCGUGAUUCACGUUCAUCUUUUCCAUUACAUUUAACACAAAUGCCAUUAUCAUCAUCACAAUCAUCCUCUAUAACACAUUCAAUUAAUUUACAUCAAGAAUAUAAAACUCAACAACAAUUACCAUUUCAAACAACCGGAAAUAAAUUACAGACAUCAUCUUCUUCAAUUUCAAUGUUAGCUCUACCAACUACAUCAUAUACAAAUUCAUAUACAAAACAACAAACACAAUUACAGCCAUCUUCAUCAUCUUCUUUAACAUCUUCAUCACAAUUAUCACAUUUAAAUCCAAUUUCAUCAGUUUAUUAUGGUCAAAAUUUACAUUAUCAAAAUUAUGAUGGCCGACAAUUUGAUAAUCAACAAUAUUAUCAGCAACGGCAACAAUAUAAUAAUAACAAUAAUAACAACAAUAAUAACAAUAAUAAUAAUUACAAUUCUGAUUCAUUUUAUAAUAAUAACAAUAACAAUAAUAAUAAUGACAAUAGCAAUUAUAAUAAUCAACAACAGCAGGAUACUUUUAAUUAUAAUGAUCCAAAUGAAUAUUAUUUUCAACAACAUCAACAAUAUUUUAGAAAUACUUAUAAUUUUAAUAAUCAUGAUCAUCAUAAUCAUCAACGUAAACGUCAAAAACGAUAUUGUUCAGCAAGAGAUCCUGCACAAUUAGCAUUUGAAGCACCAACUGUAUUUGAAGGAAAAAUAAUUUCAAUGAGUUCUGAUCGUCGUCAAAAUUUUUCGGUAACAUUUGAAGUAAAAGAAAUUUUUAAAAAACAAAUUGGAAAAUUAAUAUUACCAGAUUUAGUAAGAUUAGAUUUUACUUAUCGUAAUAAUAGUGGCGAAUGCGAUAUUUAUCGUGAAUAUUUACGUCCGCGUGGUUUAAUUUCAAAAGAGAAAGACAAAGAAUUAGAAUUAGGACGUAUUUAUUUAUUAUUUGUACAACAAAUUGAUAUACGUAAUUUUACAAUAUUAGGACAACCAAUAUUAAAAACGAAACGUAAAAUUCAAGCAGUUAGAAAAGGUGUUAGCCAAAAUUAUGAACAGCGCGCCUCAAUUAGAUCUUUAACUGCAAAUGCAAAUGGUAUUAAAAUAGAAGGUGAUAGACGAGUAAAGGAUGGUGAAGAAUUACGGAUUAUAUGUCGUGUUAGUGGUCAACCACCACCAAAAGUAACCUGGUUUAAAGAUAAUAAAUCGAUAAGAAAUCGAAAAUUAUAUCAAUUUGUUCACUUAAAAAAACGAUCGGAACUUAUUAUCAAAUCAUUCAAUAGUUCAGACGCUGGAGUAUACGAAUGUCGAGCAAAAAAUAAAAAAAUUCAAAAACCGGAGAAAAAAACAAUUAAAGUUGAAGCCCUUAGAUCAAUUUCUGAAACAACUGCACAAAGAUCUGGUGAUGAAUGCGCAGCAGAAAUGAAACAAUAUUGUUUACAUGGUGGAACUUGCAAAUAUUUCAAAGAAAUUCAUACGUUUUCUUGCAUAUGUCCUGAUGGCUUUUACGGUGAUAGAUGUCAAGAGAAACAAUGGAAUGAAACACCUAUUCCAACACCAUAUAAUCCAGGAUAUUUAGCCGAUGAUACAGCAAUUUUAGGAUCUUUGACGAUAAAUAAAGAAAAAAAAAUAUUCUUUCACGACAGCACAAAUUUUGAUUAAUGCAUAAUAAAAUCUGAUAUAAAACUAAAAAUAUAAAAAAUAAAUAUUUGAGCAAAUAAUUACAAAACAAAAAUUAAAUUGAUUAUAGAUAUCAAAAUAUAGAAUUUACAUUAUUUUAUAUAAAUUAUAUAAAAUGUUAAGAGUAACUUUUUAAAUACAUGAAUGUAAAUUAACUUUAUGAAAAAAUAUUAAAUUAAACUCUUAUGCAAAUAUAAAUUAAAGAUAAUAUGUAUGUUUACCGAAAAAUAAAAUAGGAA